CAGAUAAGAGCCGCACACGGAGCCGCCGCGCUUCUAUUGUGGGGGUUGUAGUUCGAAAAGGUUUGGUGAGCAAGCAGGCAGCGGCCGAGCGGGACUACAGCUCCCAGAAUCCCGUGCGCGUUAUCAGCUGCCCCUGCGCAUUGUUCCGCUAUCGCAGCAGAGAGGGAUGAUGUCACCUGCAGUCCGCGAGAGCCGGCGGCCGGGCGGCGAGGAGUUUAUAUAGAGCCCGGUGCCCGGUGCUGUAGGCAGCAUGGAGUAUGCCAGACACCCAUGUGAACCCUGUCACUAAGCUGUGAGAAAUAGGAAGCCUCGGGAUUUUGUAGGAAGGAGCGACUCUCAAGCCUCCCAGCCAUGGCUCCGAGGAAGAGGAGUAACCGCGGAAUCUCCUUCAUCUUCUGCUGUUUCCGAAGCAAUGAGCAUCCAGAGAUCACUUACCGGUUACGAAAUGACAGCAAUUUUGCGCUGCAGUCAAUGGAGCCAGCGUUGCCCAUCCCCCCGGCUGAGGAGCUGGAUGCUAUGUUUGCAGAGCUGGUGGAUGAAUUGGACCUCUCAGACAAGCACCGAGAAGCCAUGUUUGCUCUCCCGGCGGAGAAGAAAUGGCAAAUUUAUUGCAGCAAGAAGAAGGACCAAGAAGAAGAUAAAAGUGCUACAAGCUGGCCCGAGUUCUACAUUGACGAACUCAAUUCCAUGGCUGCUAGGAGAACAUUAUUGGCAAUGGAUAAGGAAGAUGAAGAAGAGAGGAACAAAUCUGUAGAGAGCUUGAAGACUGCGCUGAGGACAAAACCUAUGAGGUUUGUGACCAGAUUCAUAGAGAUGGAUGGUUUAACAUGCAUCUUGAACUUCCUCAAAACAAUGGACUAUGAAAUUGCAGAGUCCCAAAUACAUACCUCGCUCAUUGGCUGCAUCAAGGCGCUAAUGAACAACUCUCAGGGGCGGGCUCACGUCUUGGCCCAUUCGGAGAGCAUUAAUGUGAUCGCUCAGAGUCUGGCCACGGAGAACAUCAAGACUAAAGUAGCUGUGCUAGAAAUAAUGGGAGCGGUCUGCUUGGUCCCUGGGGGACACAAGAAAGUCCUGGAAGCAAUGCUGCACUACCAGAGAUACGCCAGUGAGAGGACGCGCUUCCAGACUUUAAUUAACGACCUGGAUCGAAGUACAGGAAGGUAUCGUGAUGAAGUCAGCCUGAAGACGGCAAUCAUGUCCUUUAUUAAUGCAGUGCUUAGCCAAGGAGCUGGGGUGGAAAGUUUAGAUUUCCGACUUCAUCUCCGAUACGAAUUUCUAAUGUUAGGAAUUCAGCCAGUAAUUGAUAAGCUCCGGGAACAUGACAAUUCUACACUUGAUAGGCAUUUAGACUUUUUUGAGAUGCUGAGAAAUGAAGAUGAACUUGAAUUUGCCAAAAGAUUUGACCUGGUUCACAUAGAUACUAAAAGCGCAACUCAGAUGUUUGAGCUGAUAAGGAAGAGGUUAACGCACUCCGAAUCCUAUCCGCACUUUACGUCUAUACUUCACCAUUGCCUCCAAAUGCCUUAUAAACGAAGUGGCAAUACUGUACAUUACUGGCUCCUGCUGGAUCGGAUAGUUCAGCAAAUCGUGAUCCAGAACGACAAAGGGCAAGAUCCUGACAUCUCUCCUCUGGAAAAUUUCAAUGUCAGAAAUGUAGUUAGAAUGCUGGUUAAUGAGAAUGAAGUGAAGCAGUGGAAGGAACAGGCCGAGAAGAUGAGAAAAGAGCACCAUGAGCUACAGCAGAAACUGGAGAAGAAAGAGAGAGAAUGUGAUGCGAAGGCUCAGGAGAAAGAAGAGAUGAUGGAGACCCUCAACAAGAUGAAGGAGAAGCUGGAAAAGGAGUCCAGUGAGUGCAAGCAAGUGAAACAGCAGGUGGUUGAGCUUACAGCACAAAUCCAGGAGCUGAACAGCCGAACAAUCUGUGCUUCCAUUCCGGGAGGACCUCCUCUUCCACCAGGAGCCCCAGGCGGUCCAGUACCUUUGCCUCCUGGAGGUAUGAUGCCUCCUCCUCCACCGCCGCCACCUCCGCUAGGGGGAAUGGCUCCUCCACCACCUCCUCCUCCCCCUGGAGCUCCACCUGCACCACCCGGACCACCACGUUUAGGACUUAUGUCUGCAGCUCCUGGACUGCUAGGUUCAAACCUGAAAAAGAAAAAUAUUCCUCAGCCAACGAACCCACUUAAAUCCUUUAACUGGAAUAAACUUCCAGAGAACAAACUGGAAGGAACUCUCUGGGUUGAUAUUGAUGACGCCAAGGUGUUCAAAAUAUUAGAUCUAGAAGACAUUGAACGGACCUUCUCUGCAUACCAAAGACCACAGGAUUUCUCCAUGAACAACGGCAUCAAACAGAAAGAGCCCGAUUCCAACGAGGGUACAAUUAGUUCAAAGAAGGUGAAGGAGCUUUCCGUGAUAGAUGGAAGGAGGGCGCAGAACUGUAAUAUCCUCCUCUCCAGGCUAAAGUUGUCAAAUGAAGAAAUUAAGCGUGCAAUUUUGUCAAUGGAUGAGCAGGAGGAUCUCCCGAAAGACAUGCUGGAACAGCUGCUGAAAUUUGUUCCUGAGAAGAGCGACAUUGACUUACUGGAGGAUCACAAGCAUGAGCUGGAUCGGAUGGCCAGACCCGACAGAUUCCUCUUCGAGAUGAGCAGGAUCAACCAUUAUCAGGAGCGGCUGCAGUCUCUGUACUUCAAAAAGAAGUUUGCAGAAAGAGUUGCUGAAGUCAAACCAAAGGUGGAAGCCAUCCGCUCAGCUUCCAAGGAGGUCUUGCAGAGUAAAAGCUUGAAGCAGCUCUUGGAAGUUGUCCUGGCUUUCGGGAACUACAUGAACAAAGGACAGAGGGGAAACGCUUACGGCUUUAAAAUCUCCAGUUUAAAUAAGAUUGCCGAUACCAAAUCCAGCAUUGACAAGAACAUCACUCUUUUGCACUAUCUGAUCACUGUGGUAGAGAAGAAGUAUCCUAAGAUUCUAAGUCUACACGAGGAGCUGCAGAGCAUCUCUGAGGCCGCCAAAGUAAAUAUGACUGAACUGGACAAAGAAAUCAUCACCUUGAGGAACGGCCUGAAAGCUGUGGAAAGUGAGCUGGAAUAUCAAAAGUCUCAGCCUCAUGUGACGGGUGACAAGUUUGUGUCGGUUGUCAGUCAGUUCAUUACCGUGGCUGGCUUCAGCUUCUCAGAUGUAGAAGACCACCUUGCAGAAUCCAAGGAGCUGUUUACGAAAUCGGCCAAACAUUUUGGAGAGGAAGGCAAGGUGCAGCCGGAUGAGUUCUUUGGGAUCUUCGAUCAGUUCCUCCAAGCGUUUUCAGAGGCCAAACAGGAAAACGAGAACAUGAGGAAGAAGAAGGAAGAGGAAGAACGUCGAACGCGUAUAGAGGCACAGCUGAAGGAACAGCGAGAGCGGGAGCGCAAGGCCAAAAAGGCAAAGGAAAACGGAGAGGAAGAGGGGGAGUUCGAUGACCUGGUCUCGGCCCUGAGAUCCGGUGAAGUUUUCGAUAAGGACAUUUCUAAACUUAAGAGGAACCGUAAACGCAUUACCAGCCAGACGACAGACAGCAGCCGGGAGAGACCCGUGACCAAGCUCAAUUACUAAGCCCCUUGAUGUGGAGUACCUACCUGCACUGUCAGUGACACUGCCUGGACACUGGAGGGAGACUCUGUACAUAUGUACGUAAUGUAAAGUUCUGCGUGUGCCUCUGUACCGGCGUACAGCAUUUUGUACACAUGCACGCAUACAUGUAUAUAGUUUGUAGCUGGGAGGAUUCCACGCACAUGUUGAAUAUGUGAUUUAUUGCAGUAUUAUGUAUAUCUGUGUACAGAGCACACGUAUACAUACCCGCUGUGUAGAGGGGUGGUUUUUGUUUUUUAUCAAAAAAAAA